GAAAAAGGGGGUGACAGAGAAUUCCCGGCGUUUCCGUACAAGCCAUAUUCUAUUCAGCGGGAAUUCAUGAACGCCCUUUAUCGUUCCCUUGAUGAAGGCGGCGUUUCCAUGCUCGAAAGUCCCACUGGGACGGGAAAAACUCUAAGUAUCAUUUGUAGUGCUUUGCAAUGGGUGGUUGAUCAGAAGCAAAAGCAGAAAGCUGAAUCAAUGGUUGAUUUUGGUAAGAAUGUGGGGAAUGAUCGUCAAUGUCGUUCUGAUGAUGAACCUGACUGGAUGAAAAACUUUACCGUGAAUCAAGACAUUCAAGCAGAAGAGAAGAAGAUAAGUAGCAGAUUUAAGUUUGACAGGAGAAGAAAUAAAGAAAAUUAUACAGAUUUGUUAUCACGUGAUGUGAAGAAGGAUGGUUUUUCUUUGAAGAAAGAGUUUGAGAAUUUGCAGAAGGCAAAUGAUGGAUCAGAGUUGAAUGAUGAGGAGUUUUUGUUGGAAGAAUAUGAAAGUGAAGAGGAAGGCGCUUUUGGUAGUGUUAAAUUGAAGAGGAAGGCCGGUGGGGUUACUGUUAGUUCAUCAAGUGAUGAGGAAGAGGAAGAAGAUAGUUUCAAGGAGGAGGAAGAGGAAGAGGGGUUUAAAGUUUAUUUUUGUAGUAGGACACACUCACAACUAUCACAAUUUGUAAAGGAAUUACGGAAGACUAAUUUUGCUAAUGAAAUAAAGGUUGUGAGUUUGGGCUCUAGGAAGAAUUUCUGCAUAAAUGAAGAGGUUUUGAGACUUGGAAGCUCUACUCAGAUUAAUGAACGGUGCUUGGAGCUUCAAAAGAACAAGAAGAAUGAAAUUUGCAAAAUCAAGAACUUAGGUGCAGAGGGAAAAGUACGUCGAACCAAGGCUUCUUCUGGAUGCCCAAUGCUCAGAAAUCAUAAACUACAAAAGCAAUUUAAGAAUCAAGUUUCCCAACAGGAAGCAUUAGACAUUGAAGAUCUUGUUCACCUUGGAAAACGUAUGGGAACUUGUCCAUAUUAUGGCUCACGAAGCAUGGUCCCAGCAGCUAAUCUUGUUGUUCUUCCCUAUCAGUCUCUUCUGUCAAAAUCAUCUCGUGAAUCACUAGGUCUUAACUUGAAAAAUAAUAUUGUUAUUAUAGAUGAGGCUCACAAUCUGGCUGACUCCCUCAUUAGCAUGUAUGAUGCUAAAAUUACCCUGUCACAGUUGGAGAAUGUACACAACCACAUAGAGAAAUACUUUGCAAGAUUUCAGAAUCGCUUGGGACCUGGAAACCGAAGAUAUAUCCAAACUUUGAUGGUUCUCACCCGGGCUUUCCUCCAAGCUCUAAACAAUGAGAGGGAUGAGAGUUGUGCAAGCCAAGAUGCCGAGAAAGCUACUGGAGCUAAAACUGGUUCUGAUUCGUCCAUGGCCAUAAAUGAUUUUCUAUUUUCUCACAACAUUGACAACAUUAAUUUGGUCAAAUUGCUACAGUAUGUAAAGGAAAGCAAUAUCAUUCUCAAGGUCAGCGGGUAUGGUGACAAAGCUUCUAACUCAGAGAAAGGUUCAGCAGUCAAGGACAGUGGAGAAAGUUUUGAAGAAGGGAGCAUUCUUUCCGGUUUUCGGGCAUUAGCAGAUAUGUUACUAUCACUCACAAAUAAUGAUGGUGAUGGACGAGUAAUAAUCUCAAGGAGACAACGAACAUGCUUUGGACAACAAGGAGGAUUCCUAAAAUAUGUAAUGCUCACAGGGGAAAAGAUUUUUUCUGAGGUUGUAAAUCAAGCACAUGCUGUUAUUCUGGCUGGAGGAACACUGCAACCAAUAGAAGAAACGAGAGAGCGACUUUUUCCUUGGUUACCUCCUAAUCAGUUACAUUUCUUUUCAUGCAGUCAUAUAGUCCCUCCUGAGAGUAUUUUGCCGAUAGCAGUUUCCCGUGGCCCAACUAGUAAAUCUUUUGAUUUUAGUUAUAGAUCCAGAUGCUCGUUAACUAUGAUAGAAGAGCUAGGGCUUUUAGUCUGCAAUCUGUUGACAGUGGUUCCUGAAGGAAUUGUUGUGUUCUUCUCCUCAUUUGACUACGAAGAAAAGGUAUAUGAUGCAUGGAAGACUUCAGGCAUCCUUGACAGGAUUAUGAAGAAAAAACGUGUCUUCAGAGAGCCUAGAAAAAGCACCUCUGUAGAAUUUGUUCUCAAGGAAUACAAGGACACAAUUGAUACUUUGUCUCUUGGACCAAAAGAAGGUUCAACUCCUCUCAAUGGUGCAAUACUCUUAGCUGUAGUGGGUGGAAAGAUAUCAGAAGGCAUCAACUUCAGUGAUGGGAUGGGCAGAUGUAUAGUCAUGGUUGGACUGCCCUACCCUAGCCCAUCGGAUAUUGAGUUAUUGGAGAGGAUAAAGUAUAUUGAAGGUCUGGGAGAUCCAAAUUUUACUAGAACUCCCAAGAUUUUACCAAGUGAUGAAUAUUAUAAUGGAGACGUCCAGGCCGGGUUCAGCAUUCUAAGAAGCUGCAGGCGAAGAGGAAAUGAAUAUUAUGAAAAUCUCUGCAUGAAAGCUGUAAAUCAAUCAAUUGGUAGAGCGAUUCGGCAUAUAAAUGACUAUGCAGCAAUUUUGUUGGUUGACAUGCGUUAUGCAUCAGAAUCGUCAAAAAGAAGCUUUUCUCACCCAACUAACAAGCUUCCACAGUGGAUUAAAAAUAGUCUUGUUUCUUCUACCAAUAACUAUGGUGAAGUCCAUAGGCUGCUGCACCAAUUCUUUAAGUUCAACAAGAACAGAAGCUGUCCAUAGUAAGUUAUAAAGAAGUUACUGAAAUUGAAGAGAAAAUUUAGUGUUAUGCCCAAAUAAACAAACCAAAGUUGUAUCAAUUGUCAUAUAUACAAAUCAGAAGAAAAAUUAUUUGCUUCUGUGCAUUGUCUGUAAAAUUGCUGUUAUGCGAAGUA